AUGAGAAGCAGUGCGGGCGGGACAGUAGGGGGCAGGGUGGACGCGGUGGGAGUGGCAGGUUCAGACAUCGACGAGGAGGAAGAGAGAAGGAAGCUUCAGGAAACCCCGGACGGCGGUGCAAAGGAAGAGAAGGAAGGAGAGGAGAACAAGGAGACGACGAAGGCAGCAAAGGAUGAAGCCAGUAGAGACGCGCCUGUUGCCGCCGGUAACGACACCUCAGAUGUAGCCAAACCGAUGGCACCCACUACACCUACAGGUGGCACCAUGAAGUCAGAACAAGUGGCGGCACCUGUCGUGGAAAACGCUUCGUGAAAUCCUACUCCAUCUUGAAAAAUCGCUCCGACCAGCGGCCAUGUUUGUGCUCAACGUUGAUGGUGUCGCAGCCGUGUUUAUGCGCGGUGUUGGUAGGUUGCGGCCAUGUUUGUGCCUAACAAUGGUGGUGCCGCAGCCACGUUUAUGCGCGACACUGGUAUGUUGCGGCCAUGUUUGUGCUCACCGCUGGUAGUUUCGCUGCUGCCGUGCGCUUACGGUACACCGUCUCGCUGCGUACCCCGAGUUGAUCCAGUCUGCGUAACGCGUUCCUGUAUAAAGUAGAGCAUCGCUAACAUACGUCAAUACCGCCUGCUCGUUGUCGCGUGUUCUUGCGUGUGCGCUUUCUUCUUCAGUUUACUGAAACAGCGCCCGUUUUAACUCGCCGUCGCUGUAGACCAGGAUUGUUGAGAACCGGGCACCUCAUGUUUAGCGCUCGGUUGACACGUGGCGCCAUCUAUCAUAGAUUAUCUUUGCGCAUAUCGUGUUUCUUUUUUUAAGAUUUUGUUGUUCAUUAUGCCGUCUGAUGACAGAGAUCGUGGUUGCCAUGUGUGCUGUUGUAUUUAUUUAAAGUCAUUGGAUGGUGCAAAGUGACUGCUCUUAAGUUGUUGUUAUUUAUUGCCUUGCAUGAAUGGUUUCUAUGCUGUUUACAGUUUACUAGAGCGUAAGAUAAGUCAGUGGUCAGACUAUGAUAGUUCUUGCUAGAAGCACACACACACGUGGAAUAAUCUGUACAGAAUAAGAUGGCAAUGAUAAUAUAUAUAUAUAUAUAUAUAUAAAUAUAUAUACAGUCAGACCUCUAUAUAGGUCACUAAAAGGGAAACGCCAAGUUUGUCCUUUAUAGACAGAUGUCCGUUAUCAAAAGGUAGUUUCACUGUAUAAUAAUAUAUUUACCAAGUUUGUUUGUUGUAUAAAGAGCUUAAUUGUAGAGUUUAAUCCGACUUGAGCAUGAACUUGCACGACCGCUUCAUUUAAUGUAUGUUCCGCAUGGGAAACUGAUCCGUGUUAAUCAUUGUUCGAUUUUUGUUCCGCAUGGGGAAUAGAUCCACGUUGAUCAACGUUCGAUGGAGAGGUGGUCGCGUGUGUAUCGGGCAGUCACGGUCGUCACGGCGACAGUUGCCUUGGUGACCGCCGUCGAGACGACUGUCGUCACGUUGCUUCGAGUGCUGGGUGUGUCGUUGUUUUUUAAUGCGAGUUCGUUUUGUAAAAUAUAUGAUGCGAUGUGCUUUGUAAUACGGAA